GCGAAUGAGCGUGCAGUCGCCGCCCACUCCGCCGUCAGCAGGAAGUGGGGGACAGUCCAGUGAAAGUGUGAGCGAACUACCAAAAUAAACAAGCAGCACCGUCAAGUGUCAACACCGGUCAGCGCUUAGCGGAACAUGGACGGUGCACCGGCGCCCUUGCGGUGCUUCAGUGAGCGCCACGCCGCAGAGGUGUUCGCGGACGACGGCGUGGAGACGGUAACUUCAGCGGAGCAGAAAAAAGUUGAACAUAACAUCGAAGAAGUCAUCAGUGUUUACAAGCAAAUACACAGCUUACCACAGCCAACUUUGCUGCGGGAACAGCACUACCAAUAUCUCAAGAAGGGCUUACGUCAUCUGUCAGAUUCGUAUGAGUGUCUGGAUGCGAGCAGACCGUGGCUCUGCUACUGGAUCCUUCACAGUCUGGAGUUGCUCGAGGAGCCCAUUCCUGCUGCUGUCGCCUCAGAUGUGUGUCAGUUCCUGGCACGCUGCCAGAGCCCUACGGGGGGUUUCGCCGGUGGACCAGGUCAGCACGCCCACCUCGCACCCACCUAUGCUGCUGUCAAUGCCCUCUGUAUCAUCGGCACAGAGGAGGCCUAUAACGUCAUAGACAGGGAGAAGCUGUUAGACUUCCUAUGGUCAGUGAAGCAGCCAGAUGGGUCCUUUGUGAUGCACGUAGGAGGGGAGGUGGAUGUCAGGAGUGCGUACUGUGCAGCUUCUGUAGCAUCGCUCACAAACAUCCUCACACCCAAAUUGUUUGAGGACACGCCAAGCUGGAUCCUCAGGUGUCAGAACUGGGAGGGUGGUCUCGGGGGAGUUCCGGGUUUGGAGGCCCACGGCGGCUACACUUUCUGUGGCACAGCUGCCCUCGUCAUCCUCGGCAAAGAACACAUGCUGGAUCUGAAAGCCCUGCUGCGAUGGGUGGUCAGCAGACAGAUGCGCUUCGAGGGAGGCUUCCAGGGCCGCUGCAAUAAACUGGUGGAUGGCUGCUACUCCUUCUGGCAGGCUGGGCUCCUGCCGCUGCUCCACAGAGCUUUCUUCAAAGAAGGGGAGUCGCAGCUGAGUCGGCAGAGGUGGAUGUUUGAGCAGCAGGCCUUGCAGGAGUACAUCCUCCUGUGCUGUCAGAACCCAGCAGGAGGCCUUCUGGAUAAGCCUGGCAAAUCGCGAGAUUUUUACCACACUUGUUAUUGCCUGAGCGGCCUCUCCAUAGCACAGCAUUUUGGGAACGUGGACCUUCAUCACGAGCUCAUCCUGGGAAAGGAGGAGAACAGAUUGGCACCAACCCAUCCAGUUUACAACAUUUGUCCAGAGAAGGUGGCUCAGGCCCUGCAACACUUUCACCAGCUGCCUGUCCCCGAGGCCGACCAGAGACACGGAGCCUCCAGCGCCGACGGACCAUCAGCCCCUGCUGCCUCCUCCGGCUCAGCUGAGCACCAGUCUUAGUCCUCUGUGGAGACGUCACCGCGCAUGAGCUGGCCGACUCGGGGCUAUGGACUUCCUGGUGGACGGGCCCUGGAGCCGGUCAGAUGGUCGACCCUCAGCUGACAUGAGGGCUGGGGUUACAGCGGGGAUUGCCUGAAUAAAGGUCAACUGUUGUGUGUGGGAAGCUUCGCGUUGGGCUGAAUUUUUGCUUGCAGUGCCUAGUGUUUUUAUUCUCUUAAGUAAAAAAAAAACAAAAAACAUGUAAAGGCUUAAGUCUAACCACAAUGAAAAAAUAAAAUAUUUAUAUAGCGCUUUUCAAAAUUGUGUUAUAAAAUGACUCAAAUUAUACAGUAAAAUUGCGAACAUGAGUUUAAACAAGGAUAGUUAGAACUGGCGGACAAAACAAAUUGCAAACAUCUGAAGAAUUUUUUUUUUUCUUUCCUUUUUGUCAGCCUGAGAUUGUUACACUGAGCCUGAAACCCAGAUGGCAGUGACCUGUUCACCUUUGGUCUUUCGACUUUGAGGCUGGGUGGGUCCUGCCACUGGUUUCAGGGUGCAAAUGUUUAAUGGGGGUUAAAGGUCUGACAUGUAGCUGGGAGCCUUGGGGUUGUUGCUAUCCUUGUGACAGGUAUUACAGCAGGUCUGAAAAUGUUUCCUUCUCUACUUGCUGGUAAAAAUGAUUGCUCUAGCCUAAAUUUGAACAGAGACUGCAGCCAAAUCACCCUUGUGUGCUGGUGAUAAAGUCCAGACAUGAAGUCAAAA